GCCACCAGAGCUCGCCGCAGCGCCAAGAAACCCACGUCUCGCCACCGCGCAGCAGCGCCCACCGCCUCUGCUCUCCAGCGCCGGCGACCGAUGGACAGGUUCCACGACAGGCAACACGUGUGGCUGCGGAGCUGCGUGCACGGCACGUACCUCAACGCCGACAGCGACGGGAAGAGCGUCUCCCUCCGCGAGCGCCGCGAGUCGCUGAAGGCGGCGUGGGCGGUGCACAUCUACCAGGGCGAUGUGCCGUACCUGCUCCUCUACAGCGCCGCCUACGGCCGCUACCUCGCCGCCACGGCCACGCCGGCGCCGCUCGCCCACCUCGGCUUCCGCGCCGAGCAGCGCGACUACGACCAGCCAGUGGUGCCGGCCAUCAUGUGGCGGGCCACCGCGACGGGCUUCGGGAACGACGUCCUGCUCCGCAACGUCGGCGGCCGCUACCUCCGCGCCAACGGCAAGCACACCAGCAAGUACCUCCGCUGGAACAACGGCGUCACCGUGGACGACGUCGACAACGUCAGCACCAUGAUGCACUGGACCGUCGAGCCCAUCCCCCUCAGAGGGCCGGACAUGCCUCAGCCUGGCUUUGCUGCCCCGAUUCCGGGCCGCAUCCCCCGAGAGCUGUCCGUGAUGCUGGGACGCGAGCGAGGGGCGUGGCGGCUGAUCCGGUUCGUGCGAGCGAGCGCCGAGGGGGAGUACGCCGAGGACGGCAACGGCUGGACCGAGUUCCAGUUCAGGGGGAGGUACGUGUACCACCUGAGGAACCAGCUGGCCAAACGCAUCAACGCCGAGGUGCACUUGUUCGAGCUCGCCAUGUGCGUCCGAGCGGGCCGCUACGGGCGUUUGACCCCGCUCAUCACCAACCUGCCCCACGGCUGCAACGGCGAGACCCUCCAGAUCGUCGCCUACCUCUCCGAGACCCCUGCCUAUGAUGAGCUGCGACACCCGGAUGUCUACUCACAGUAGAGAAAGAUCAGAGCAGGAGUCCUGAUAGUUAAACCUCCUCAGAAGUUUGGCCACCUCGGACACAAUGACAGCAGAACUGGACGCCUACUUUUGCAUGUAUAUAGAUAUGGGUUCAGAAAACUCAGCAGCCCUCGUGCUUCUUCUGCUAGCUAAACUUGCUCUGUUCUGUCAAUGGCACAGGGGGGUUCUAUGAUUGAGAACUGUGGAAAGUGUUGCGUGCAGUGUUUGUAGUAGUCGUUUGAGUGUCACUCUUCUGGCAUUCAUUUCUGUGGUGCUUUCCUGGAUGAAGCAUUUAACUGUAGGGGUUCUUGCAAAGAGUUGAAUGAUCUUCCAUUCCUUUUAGAUGAUGAAAAAUGCAGUGGUUCUU